CAAGCUGUAAGUCACUAGAUGGAUGACAAUUUGAACUUUCCUCCACAAACUGUAGCAUGUAGUGUUUGGAGUUUGCUAGACUGUGGAAACCUCAGAAAAAGAAACAUCUGUCAUCCAGAAAGCCCAGAGGAUGCUAAACUCUUGAUCCAGAUGCAUGAAUUUUCCUGCAUCUACUGUUCAGACCAGUUGUAGAAUAUUCAGAAAUACAGAAUCACACAUACUGCAAGAUUUCCAGAAACAAAUCAUCCACUGAGUCUUAAAAGUAAAGAACUCUGUGUUCUUGCUCAGUUGUCUACAUACCUGGGAUCUUACAGGAGAGCCAAAGACAUCAAAAUGGCAUUGCCUAGAAGCCACGGCCACUGGUCCAAUGAAGACAUCUUGAGGUUGCUGGAAAGCAUGGAAACUAAUCUCCCAUCCAAUGACAACAGCAAGUUCAGCACAACUCAGUCACACCUGGACUGGGGAAAAGUAGCUUUUGAAAACUUUUCCGGUGAAAUGUGCAGACUCAAAUGGUUAGAGAUUUCUUGCAACUUGGGGAAAUCUGGCACUUUGAAAGACUUAGUCCUGGAAGCCAGGAAAUGUGUUACAAACACAAACAAAAGCCAAAAAUAUAGGAAACAUCCGGACUUUCCAAAGAGGCCCCUUACUGCUUACAACCGCUUCAUCAAGGAGAACUGGUCACAGUAUUCCCAAAUGUACCCUGGGAUGAGAAACCAGGAACUGGCCAAAAUCCUGUCAAAGAAAUACAAGGAGCUCCCAGAGCAGGUGAAACAGAAAUAUAUUCAGGAUUUCCAGAAGGAAAAGCAAGAAUUUGAGGAAAAAUUUUCUCAAUUCAGGAAAGAACACCCUGAUUUAGUACAGAAGGCCAAGAAAUCUGAGGUCUCCAAGAGGAUUCAAAACAAAGGGCAAAAGAAGGUUCAGAAUAAUGGGGAAGAAGUGAAGUCUCUUCCAAAAACGGAUCAAUUUUUCAAGAUGGUAAAAUUCCAUGGAGAGCCUAGGAAACCCCCCAUGAAUGGAUAUCACAAGUUUCACCAAGAUUCCUGGUCAAGUAAAGAGCUGCAACAUUUGUCCCUGAGGGAGCGCAUGGUAGAGAUUGGCAGACGCUGGCAGCGCAUCCCGCAGAGCCAGAAGGAUCAUUAUAAGAGCCAGGCCGAGGAGCUGCAGAAGCAAUACAAGGUGAAAUUGGAUCUCUGGCUCAAGACUUUGUCACCUGAAAAGUACACUGCAUACAAAGAAUCAACCUAUGGUAAGGGUAAGAAUAUGGCCAUGACAGGAGGCCUGGAUCCCAGGUUUAGACAAACAGAUCCGCAGUCCUCUUUAGCAAAGGAUCUGCAAGAAGGGUUUGGGGAGGGGCAGGGGCUCCAGGCUCCAGGGAUGGAUUCAUCACAGAGUAUUUUUGCAAAUUAUCACGUCUCCAUGGAACCAGAAGAGAAGAGGAAGAAGGUGGCGGACGAGGAAGAAAGCAAUAACCCUUCCGACCACUGCAGUGAAGAAGAAAUAGAAGUUGAUUGAUGUCUGAGGGCAGUGUCUCUAGCACAGCUACUUCAGAGGACUUCAAACUGGGACUCCACUGACUCAGACUCUGACUCACACUCCAGGGUCAGAGUUUCUCAGCAAAAGCCCAUUCGUGCCAUCCACGUAAAAGAGAAGAUACUCUCCUCCUGCCUCUUUUUGCUUCCUUGUUUUUUUUCCUUCUCUUUCUUCCCCACUCUCCUUCUCUAUACAAAUUAGGACAGGUUGGGAAGAAGUAACUUGGUACAGUACCCUCUUCCAUCAGGAUUACAUGGGAGGGACUCUUGAUAGAGAAUAAAAAUAAGCUUGAGUUUAUACUGGCCUUAGCCUUAAAAAACAAACAAAUAUCAUCCCUUUCCCAGGGAAUUUUAUGCAAUUAAAGCCCCUGGAAUGAAGCAAUGAUUAGGCUGUAGGGUACACACUGUAUUAGACUGAAUAUUUCUGAAGCAUGAAGCUUUGCUUUACUUAGUUUUGCCCUGCUAAAGGCAGUAAAGGGACAUCCGUGGGCUUGGGACCCUGACCUUCCCUGUGGGAAUGUUUUUCAGGACUCCUGCACUAAAUCUAGGGUCCGAGAUAUUUAAUGAAAGGUAGGGUAAGUGACUUAAGAAAAUCGUUGCACUCUUGAUAUCUCUCCUCCGCUCCCUGCAGUAAGGAGUUGGCCAUUCCCAUGCCUGGGAGUAGGCAGCAAUAUUUCAAUAUUUCUCUGUGUAUAUCUGAAUCUUAACUUUCAACAAGACUUUCCUUGCUCAUACAAGAAAAAAAUGAAAAUACAAAAUAUAAACUUAUCUAUUUCAUCUGAAUGAGCUCCUCCACAGAAUCCCUUAUGACAUUGGGUACAGUUUCUGUAGGUGCUAUCUGCAUUUAUUCUUGAAGCUCCAAAUCUUUCCUGCUGCUUUAGGUGCAAGUGAAUCUCACCUUUAGCACUCAGGAUUGAUAGAAGGAUGCAGAGAAAGACAGAUAUAGAUAAAUACACUAACCUGUUUCACUGUCUGCUACAUCCAUGAAUUUAAACAUCAGCAUCAUCACAUUCUUUUAAUUUGUUGAUUUACUAAUGUAUUUGAAAAUCAACCUAAGGUUAGUGCCUUCUCAGUAUACCUUUAUUCUCUUAAAUGUUUCUGGCUAUUUUCACAUUUUGUUCUCAUGAAUAUUAGCAUCACAGAAGUAGUUGUAUACUUUUUAUAUGAAAACCAUUGA